AUGCCAAACAUUCAAAGAGAAAUUAAUAAGAAAAGAGAAACCACUCUACAUAUUGCUGCUGCAGCAAACCAAGAAAACUUUGUGAAGAAUUUAGUGAACGUAAUGAGUAGCGAUGACCUAAAAGCUGUAAACAUUGUUGGGAACACUGCCUUGACCUACGCUGCUGCAACUGGAAAUGUGAAUAUUGCUAAGGUAAUGCUGGACAAAAAUCAAGAUUUGGAAAAACUAUGUAGUGGUGUGAGACCACUCUUUAUGGCUGCUGUGUUACGACACAGCCAGAUGGUGCAGUUUCUUUAUUCUUGGAGAAAGGUUUCCCAAUGGUGUGGAAAUGAACAGCUUGAACUAUUUAUCACUUGUGUUAAGGGAGACUUAUACGGAGUAGCCUUAGACAUGCUGAAGGCUAAUCCUAAUUUUGCUACUGCUAAAAACGAAGAUGGAGAGAUUGCAUUGCAUGUGUUAGCUCACAAUCCUUCGGCAUUUGUUAGUGGAAGUCAACUAGGGUUAUUAAGGAGACACCUUGAUAUUCCAUGGUUGAAAUUAAAACGCGAAAACUCAAAGCAAUCUCAAGCCCAUGAACUGUUUAAUCUAUGUCUUGACGCUUACGUCGUUGAUGUUGAGAAUAUAAAUGAAAUCCCAGAGAUUUCACAAGUUCUAUUUGUUGCAGCAGAAGUAGGCAACGUUGAGUUCUUGGUCAAGCUUAUUCGUUUUGACUUUGACCUAUUAUGGAAAAUAGAUAACGAAAGAAGCAUAUUUCACAUUGCUGUUGAGCAGCGCCAUGAAAGCAUCUUCAAUUUACUGAUAGGCUCAAUUAGAGAUAUUAUAGUAGAUGGAAUAAAUGAAGAUGGGAACAACAUAUUGCAUUUAGCUGCAGAAUUGGCACCUCAAGAGAAGCUAAAUGCUAUAUCAGGAGCAGCUCUUCAAAUGCAGCGAGAAUUAUUAUGGUUCAAGGAGGUUGAAAAGAUUGUAAAACCUUCGUACAAAGAAAUGAAAAAUGAAAAAGGGGAAACACCGUAUGUGUUAUUUGCGAUGGAACACGAGGAUUUAAGGAAGGAAGGAGAGAAGUGGAUGAUGAACACAGCUAAGUCAUCUAUGGUGGUUGCAACACUAAUUAGCUCCAUAAUGUUUAGUGGCCUACCAACUGAUGGAUUGAGUCAUAACUCUAAGAAAUACAAUCUUGAGUUGGCCUAUUCAGUUUCAAGUGCUACAGCAUUGUUUUGCUCGUCAACAUCCCUGAUAAUGUUCUUGUGCAUCCUUACCUCGCGUUAUUCAUACGAUGACUUUCUUGUAUCUUUACCAAUUAAGUUGAUGACUGGAGUCACUACACUUUUCAUCUCAAUUGCUGCCAUGAUGGUCGCGUUUUCUGCAUCCUUUUGUUUGAUUAAUCAUGAUCAUCAGGGAUUCCCGUUUAUUGCUUUUCUGUUUGGGUUAUUUGCAUUUGUGCCAAUCUUAUAUGUGUUUCUGAAGUACCGCCAAUUUGUUGACAUAAUUCAAUCUACCUGCUGUCGGUUUCAGCCACGUCAGCGUCUACUUUAA